AAUUGGGGACACACACACACCGUGCGGGGCUGCACCGCGGGGGAUGCGGGCAAGAACCCCGAGGUGGGCUCCGGAUGCGGGGGGCCCCGGCGGGACCAAAAGCGUUGCUGGCAACGGAGCAUCCCGGGCGGUUCGGCCCCGGUCUGUACGGGACGGCCCCGCCGGGUCCCCGCGCCCACCUGCCCCCGGUUCCCGCACCCGCGGCCCCGCGGCCCCCGCCCCGCACAGUCCGAGAUAGGUUGAAGGCUGCCGGCACCUAGUGGCUACUCGGGAAAAGUGGGAGCGGGCGGGACCCCAGGGAGCCCCGCCAUCCCCCCGGGACCCCGGUCCCGCCAGUCCCCGCAGCACCGGGCGGGAGGCCGGGAGAUGGCGCGGAGCGGUCCCUGUGCCCGGGGGGGAGGUCCCCGAGCUGAUGACCCCCGAGCUGCGCCCUGGGGCAUCUGAGCCAGCACCGGGCUUGGGACAGCAGAGGGAACCCGUCUGGGUGCGGCAAGGGGGUCGUGGGCACUGCAGGGAGGUCUUGGACAUGGGGGGGGUGGCCCUGUGGGGCCCUGGUGUGGGGGUCAGUGUAGUGGGUGGGAUAAGAGGAGCAGAGCUGCCUGGAAUGCAGGGCCUGGGCUGAGAAUCCCCAACUGGUGUCACGGGUGAGCACAUCUAAUGCUCAAACUGGUAUUUUGAGGCUUGAGUGACAGCACGGGUGGCACUGGUGGCACUGCCACAGGUGCUCUCAGGACAACCUUCUCUCUCCUGUGCGGGUGAGCUGGACAGCGCUAAGGGCAGGCAGGACAGGGACAGGCAGGUUCUCUGUCCCCCACUCUCCCCAGCCCCCCUUCUCCCCUCUCAGCCCCAGCAGGGGCCCCAUAAGGCAUCCUCACAUGGUGCUGCUCUGAGCCCCUGCCCUGCCUGGCACUGUGGCCAUGACUCAGGGCAGAGGCACCAGCCUUGACUCGGUGUCCCAGUAGGGACCAAACCCAAACAGGUGCCCGGCCCCGCUCAGGCUGCAGCACCUUAUCAGGCCUUGGCAGUGCCGCGCGCCCGCUGGGGAGUCUGUUGUGUCUGCGGACAGAGGCAGCGCCAGCGUCCCCUCCUCUGCCCAGGCACUGCUCCUCCAGGUCCCUGUCCCAGCACCAUCCUGGGAGAUGGAGCGGGGCUGGGCUGGUGCCCCCCACAGCCGUGCUGCCCCCACCCCAACCACAGCCCUGUGGCCACAGCGGGGGCUCAGCGCUGGUGUUUGGUGCUUGGUGCAGCCCAGCUCCCUGCCUGUGACGGGACAGCCCUGUGCCCCCGGCCCUGGUGCUCAGCACCCGCCGGAUGUGGUCCGUGGGGUGUAGGUGCCGGGGCAGGCAAGGGGCGUGUCAGGGGCCGCUGUGAUAACUGCGGGCGCUGUGUGGGGCUGCGGCCACAGACGGAGCAGGGAGCGGGAUGAGCCAAGGACCCCCAUCCUGGGCAGCAGCCAGGCCCAGAGGCAGCGCCAUGGGGUCCGGCAGCGCCUGGGGCCUCCUCCGCACCCUCUGCAUCCUCCUGGUGCUGGCCGGGUGCCUGUGCCCUGCCACGGCCCAGUGGUUUUACCUGGGCUCGGAGGACACCACCCCGGAUCCCGGCACCAGCCUCACCACCCCCACCCUGGAUGGAGAGGAAGAUGCAGAGACCAGCAUGGAACCCACGGGGAAGGUGCUGCUGAGCAAACCCCCUCUGGCGAAGGCCCCCAGACGCCGGGACCACCUCGCCAGGGGAACAGCAAAAGGACCAGGCCAUGCCCCACCACGCACACGAGUCCAGCAGCACCGACCCACAGCCACCCCAGAGAUCUUCGAGGGGAGCGCGGUGGAAGAGGAGUUCCUGCAGAUCCAGACGACAACAAAGGGGCUGCCCCGGGGGGUGCCCCCAGCCCCGGAGAUGGACCCUGCCCUCCAGGUGCACAACGGCUCUGGCUGUGUCUGCCCCGUGCGCCCUGGCCCUCCCGGCCGUGCCGGCCCUCCCGGCCCAAAGGGAGAGAAAGGUGACCGAGGGUUCCCCGGAGAGAGAGGCCAGCCCGGAAUCUCAGGAGACAGAGGGAAGUCUGGCAGCCCAGGACAGCCAGGUCACCAGGGUCCCCGGGGGCCCCCGGGUCCUCCGGGGCCCCCGGGACCCCCAGGCACCUGGGGAGCCAGGAGCCCACCCGCGCCUGCCGCCCUCCCCGAGGGAUUGGAGAACGAGCUGGGACCCUCCAGCUCUGGGGGAAACCCGGGACCCCCAGGCCCCCCCGGGCUGCCCGGCAUGCCCGGACCCCCAGGCUACCCAGGCCAUGAUGGCCCCCCGGGGGUCCCUGGGCGGGAGGGAAAGCCGGGACCCCCCGGCCCUCCAGGGGCUGUGGGACCACCCGGUUUCCCCGGGGCUGAAGGAACUCCAGGGUCUCCAGGCUCGGCUGGGCCAGAUGGACCCCCGGGGGCACCAGGGCUCCCAGGGCCUCAGGGUCCCCCCGGGGUGCCAGGGCACGAAGGACCCCCUGGUCCCACAGGACCUGCAUCACUCCCUGGCAAACCAGGGCUCCGAGGGGAGCCAGGAUUCCCAGGACUAAAGGGAGAGAAGGGUGAAUAUGGACUGCCAGGCAUGCCGGGAAGCCCUGGCCGGACUGGAGAGACAGGGCCCCCAGGCAUGCCCGGUCCCAUGGGGCCUCCAGGACCACCGGGGGACUACAGGUGUGACUUGCGCCACGGAGGGCACCGUGGAUUGGCCGGGGCACCGGGCCCCAAGGGAGAAAAGGGCGACCCCGGAGAGCCGGGGUGCUGCUACAGGGAACAGGGGUGCAAACCAGGCCACCUCCCCUUCCCCAGCACCGGCAGCCAGCCCAGCUCCUGGGGGUCCAUCAGAGGGUACCAGACGGACAGCAAAGAGGAACCAGAGAUUUAUGGAGCGAUCAUCCCCCAUGGUGUUCGAGGUCCUCCCGGCCCCCCCGGGCCCCCAGGCCCCCCUGGCCCACCAGGUCUCCUCUACCUCAACAGGGUGUACCCGGUCCGUGCCCAGCCCCCCUGCAAGCAGCCGGUGGCCCCAGACCCAGGCUGGGCAGCAGGGCCAGCUCCCACGGGAGCACCCAGGCCCUGUGCUGGGACACCUUGUGAGCCCCCACCUUCUCUGGGCUCUCCAGAUGCCGACACCCGUCAGACGGAGCCAUUGGACUGCCGCACUGAUCCCCGGCGCCAGACGUGGGUCUUCAGGUCCAAGGAGCUGAUGGUGAAGGCGAGCGGUGCCGUGCCCGAGGGGAGCCUGGUCUACGUGCAGGAGGGGAGCAGCGCCUUCCUCCGGACCCCCGCUGGCUGGAGCCGCCUCCUGCUGGAGGAUUCGCGGUCGGUCUUGGCUGGUGACGACCCUUCUGCCUCCACUCCACGGUACCAGGAGGCAAAGCGGGUGCAGACAAGAGGUCCCAACACAGUGUCACCUGUGCAGUCCCCAAUGGACUCGCUGGUCCAGAAGGAGGAGGGACAAGGGCUGCCCCAAAUCCCACUAACCACCAUCGCCCCACGGAUCCCAUCUCUCCGCCUGGCCGCCCUCAACGUGCCCCUGUCCGGCGACAUGAGCGGGAUCCGGGGUGCCGACCUGCAGUGCUACCGGCAGUCCCAGGAGGCCGGGCUGUACGGCACCUUCCGGGCCUUCCUGUCGGGCCCCACCCAGGACCUGGUGUCCAUCGUCAAGAGGACAGACAGGACCCUCCCCAUCGUCAACCUGAAGGGGCAGCUGCUGGCCAAGUCCUGGAGCUCCCUCUUCGAGGGUCAACCUGGUGCCACCCCACGGGGUCCCAUCUACUCCUUCAACGGGCGCAACAUCCUGACGGAUCCCCUCUGGCCCCACCGGCUGGCCUGGCACGGCUCCACGGCGCGGGGGGGCCAUGCCCGGCGCCGGGACUGCCAGGGCUGGCGUGGCUCUAGCACGGCUGAGGGCAUGGCCACCCCCCUGGGCCAGGGCCGGCUGCUGGCCGGGCACCGGCACAACUGCUCCACACCACUGGCCGUGCUCUGCGUCGAGGUGGCCUUUCCCUACCGGCACAUGUGGUGACAGCGGGGACACCGGGCCACACGGCCCAGGCAGCCCCGUGGGCCCGGGAGCACUGUGGGCAGCGUUGGAGCUGUGCAGGAGCACCGAGGGGAUGCCAGCCCCACAGCCAGGCUGUGUCAUCCCUGUCUGUGCCAUCCCACGGACCCCUGUGCCAUGGGGCGAUGCCAGGCUGUGCCCACAGCCUCCUUGCACCCACAGUGGUGCCAACACUGUCACUGCCCCGAAAUAAAGACACGCAAACGUUGUUUUUUA